AAAAACGCCUGUCACGGUGGAUAUUUUCAAAAACUCAGUUUUUUGCAUUUACAUUUGGAUGAGGAAAACGGAAAAUACGCAGCGUCAAAGAUGUGCGCCUUUUUUGACGUUUCUACACAUUUAGGAAUAUAUCGGCACCUGUUGCUUUGGCAUGCUCCUAGCUGCAUUUUCCUUCAUUUAUGCAUUUACUUAUGGACUGGAUUAUUUUUUAAAAAUGAAAACAGAAAAUGUGUUUUCAAAAAUACCCGUGUAUGUGUAGACGUAGCCUCAGAAGCACAUAAAAACUUCAAAACAUGUACAAAAGACAACAGAAGUGCUCCAGAAUGCUAGGCGCAGUGUUGAGCUUUUGUUACCUAGCGGCUACACAAGCCAGCAAGUACCAACGACCAGUGUGUUGUAGUAAGAGAAAAGAUGUUCACAUUGCUGACCUCUACGUCGUGGCCACCUGGAAGGAUCCACAAGUCAACCUGCUGCGUUGCUUGCCGGACAACUUUAGGUCCAAGGACAUCCUGCUUUUUCCAGCUUGGAGCAGGCAGGCAGGUGAAGCUGACCAUCAUCUGCUCUGUGCUAUAUUGGUAGCUGAGAGACAGAUACUCUUUCUGGACUCACUUCACCCUGAUGGUUUUGGAGAUGAUCUCUACCGAGCCAUAUUUAGGAGAGUAGCAGCAAUUAUUGACUCUGGAUCCUGGAUGGAGAAAACAGUCCUUGAGUUCUUUCCUCAGCAGUUGAAUGGAAAUUGCCGUGGCAUCUUUAUGCUGAUGUAUGCUCUCUGCAUCAGCACCUCAUGUCCACUAUCUUUCACAGAGUUACCAGCAUGUGUCCUCAUCGACAUAUUGGAAGAGGUUGUUCUAAACGAAGGGGAUACAGCCAUCUUCAAACUGGCUCUGGUGUGCUCCAUGUUCAGAGACCUUGUGUCUACUGAAUAUUUCAGAAGACGAGCACACUUCAAGUGGCUUCACAGCGUCUGCACAUGGAGCAGCUUCUCGGAAAAGUACAUAGAACAGUACUGUAACAUGUACAUGAUUGAAAUCUGCCUUCAAUGUGGAGACCAGUACAAACACUGCCCCCGAGAUAUACAACACUGUAUAAUCUUAUAUUGCUGUCAUUACAAACAAUGAAAAGCACACUGGUGCAUGACAUGAUGAAAACCAUACCUUGGAGCCAAUUUUUCUCUCUGUUUGAUUUUUGUUUCUUUGUAUUACAGGAUAUGUUGGAACAGGUAAGAGGACAGCUACGGGCAUUUUAUUCGGAGGAGAUGCACCCAGGCUACUGCAGCCACAUUUGCAUGCAAAUGAACAGCUAAUGUGUUUGCACUGUUCACCCACACACACACACACACACUGGUUUUAGUGACAGGGUUCCCCCACAUGUUUGUUCGUGUUCUGAUACCCGUUUUCAUUUAUGACAGUUUUUGCUAACUCUUGUGUUAUUGGUUAUCACCGAUUUCUUUUUAUUGUUUGUUUAAUUUCUUUUGCCCUGUGUGGCCUGUCCUCGGUGGAGUUCUUUGUUACCACGUACUAGCCAAGAAGUCAAAAUGAGCAGAGUUUUGUUCAGUGUUGUUUAAUUUAGUUCUUUAAAUUACAUUAGUGAAAUAAAUCUGGGUUGUAACACAUCCUCUCUAUCUGUAUCUGUUGUUCAUGUUCUUGACAACUGUUGUUUGUUUUCAGUAUUGUUACAGUAAACCUGUGGAAAUGGUCCUGUGUAAUUUUAUAUGGAUAUGUACCGUAAUUGUCGGGCUAUAAGCCGCUACUUUUUGCACAAGCUUUGAACCCUGCGGCUUUUAGUCAGGUGCGGCUUUUCUAUAGAUUGUCCAUGAUUUUUGUGACAUCGUAAGAGGAUUUGUUUUGUUUGUUCCGCUGUUGUACGGCACUACGUUGCUUGGCGGAAAGGCAUGUGAUCAGACACACAGUCGGGGUUCAAGAGUGGUAUGUUGGUCACAUGUCCAUCCGCCAGGCAACGUAGUGCCGUACGAAGUAGCGCGAAAAACAAACUUCAAAGUAGCGCUACGCGUUCAGCGGGAGGCGUGGAUGACGAGCGGCGAUAAACUUGCGAAAAGCAAGUUAUGCUCAACUCCACCAGUGGAUUCUGACAGCGUGGAAAAGUGUGAAAACAUCCACGAUCACCAACGGAUUUCGAAGGGCUGGACUGCUGCGUGAUGGAGAGGAGGACACCGCCACGGCCCUUCUGAGGGUGUUCGACACUGACAACGAGGAUUUGUUUGGUUUGAAAGUGACAAUGAAGGAAAGAAGCUGAGAAUGGAUGACGUAGCCAUCCUGAGCCUGUUCGUAUCCGACACUGGAAAAGAGGACUUUGGUGGUUUUAGUGCGCAGGAAGAUGGUGGUGAAUGACUGACUUUUCUUCUUGUUAAAGCCAUGUCACUGCACCUGAGCCUAAAAGGUUGGCUGAAUCUAUUUUUCUGGUGUGCUGUAGGUUAUUAUGUACUACAUUUGUUACUCAUUUAUGAAGCACAGUACAUGUUUCGUACUUGUAAUUACCAGUACUUGUACAUAUACCUAAAAAGUUAUGCAAAUAUGUACCCCUAAUUUGUUUUUCAAAAUAUUAAUAAAAGGGAUGUGUGCCCAAACAGCCAUCUCUUUCCUGACAAUUCCCUUUGUGCAUAUUCUCUUACAUAUGAUAAAUCAACAUUGAAACACCUGCGGCUUUUAGUCAGGUGCGGCUAAUGUAUGUACAAAACAGGAUU